UUGCGAGACAGCAUGCCGACCGUGGGCGUCAAGCGCGACGAGCUCUUUGCGGCGAUUGGCCAGCGCUUCACGGACGAAGAGUUCGACCAUCUCUGCUUCGAGUUUGGCAUCGAGCUCGAUGAGAUCACGAGCGAGCGCCUUAUGAAGGAGAAGGAGCAGGGCGCCAAGGCCGCGGCCGGCGCCGACGACACGGUCAUCUACAAGAUCGACGUGCCGGCCAACCGCUACGAUCUGCUGUGCGUCGAAGGCAUUGCCCGCGCGCUGCGUGUCUUCAUGCAGAAGGAGCAGCCGCCGGUCUUCCGCGUCAUUGAGCCCAAGACCAAGCACGUCAUUACGGUCAAGAAGAACAUGGGCCUCGAGACCAUGCGCCCGUUCGUGGUCUCGUGCAUCCUCCGCGACGUGACGUUCACGCAGGAGCGCUACGACAGCUUCAUCGACUUGCAGGACAAGCUGCACCAAAACAUUUGCCGUCGCCGGACGCUCGUCGCCAUUGGCACGCACGACCUUGACACGGUCUCGGGCCCGUUCACGUACGAGGGCCGUGCGCCGGAGAACAUCCGCUUCGUGCCGUUGUCGCAGACGCGCGAGUUUAGCGCGCGCGAGCUCCUCGACCACUACCGUACGAGCGCCGACUGCAAGCACCUCAAGCCGUACACGGACAUCAUUUACGACUUCCCGACGUACCCCGUGAUCUACGACAAGAACCAGACGCUGCUGUCGCUGCCGCCCAUCAUCAACUCGGAGCACUCCAAGAUCAAGCUCUCGACCAAGAACGUCUUUAUCGAGUGCACGGCCACGGACAUUACCAAGGCCAACGUGGUCUUGAACACGAUGAUCGCCAUGUUCUCGCAGUACUGCGCGGCGCCGUUCACGGUCGAGCCCGUCGAGAUUGUCUACGAGAACGACGGCCACAAGGAGACAACGCCCAACAUGUCGAACCGCGAGGUCGUCACCAAGGUCAAGGACAUCCAGUCGAUGCUCUUUGGCACGAAGGAGCCGAUCGACUUGGACGUCGAGCGCAUCCUCAAGCUCUGCGUCAAGAUGCAGCUCCAGGCCACGUACCUCAAGGAGAGCCACAGCAUCAAGGUGCAGGUGCCGCCGACGCGGUCCGACAUCCUCCACCCGGUUGACGUCAUGGAGGACGUGGGCAUUGCGUACGGCUAUGACAACAUCCCGAUGACGCACCCGCCGACGCUCACGAUUGGCCAGCCGCAGCCCAUCAACAAGCUCGGCGACCACUUGCGCGACGAAAUCUCGCGCGCCGGCUACAUGGAGCUCCUCACGCACGGCCUCUGCUCGCACGACGAGAACUUCAAGUUCCUCAACCAAAAGGACGACGGCAAGACCGCGGUCGUGCUCGCCAACCCGUCGACGAUCGAAUUCGAGGUGGUGCGGACGACCAUGAUCCCCGGUGUGCUCAAGACCGUCCAGAACAACAAGUCGAUGUCGUUCAAGGACGGCGUCAAGCUCUUUGAGAUCUCAGACGUCGUCGUCCUCGAUGACGCCACUGACGUUGGUGCUAAGAACGUGCGCCGCCUCUGCGGUCUCUACACGGGCAACACGGACGGCUUCGAAGUCAUCCACGGCCUCGUCGACCGUGUCAUGCAGCUGCUUGGCAUUGGCUGCAGCCUCGAGGCGGGCCACGACAAGGACCUCUUCUACACCAUGGUGCCGUCGUCGAACGCGACCUUCUUCCCUGGCCGCUGCGCCGACAUUGUUCUCACGCGCAACGGCGAGAAGCUCAAGCUCGGGACGUUUGGCGUCUUGCACCCCGUGGUGCUCGAGCACUACGAGCUCCUCUACCCGUGCUCUGUCGUCGAGAUGGACAUUGAGCCGCUGGUCUAAGAGAACAGUGUAUUGCCACAGGAUCGUAAUUGCCAACAUGCGAUUGCUUUAUAUUGCUUUUUUGGU